GCCUGUGGCGCUGCCAUAAAACACCGCCUCAACCUUUUUUUUGCCUCACUGAUUUUGACACUCUACACUUACCAAAUCUCCAACAACUACCAUAAAUAAACAAUUCUCACUCUCAUUCCAACACGAAAACGUUAAAAGCUUCUUUCUCUCACUCUCUCAAAACCUCCAAAAUGGCAUUUUUAACCAAGCUGUCCAAGGCUUCUUCACUCGCCAGAGCCUGCCUAAGUCGCUGCAUGAGCAACCUUCCGGAGAAUACCGUCUAUGGCGGCCCAAAGCCUCAAACCUCCAACCAGAGAGUGACCCUUAACCAGUUGAAGCAAAAAUACAGAAGGGGUGAGCCCAUCACCGUCGUAACAGCCUAUGACUAUCCAUCAGCAGUCCACCUCGACACCGCUGGCAUCGAUAUCUGCCUCGUCGGAGACUCUGCUUCCAUGGUCGUUCACGGCCAUGACACUACCCUCCCUAUCUCACUCGAGGAAAUGCUCGUUCAUUGCCGGGCUGUUGCUCGCGGCGCCGAUCGGCCGCUUCUCGUUGGUGACUUGCCUUUUGGGACCUAUGAGACCAACACCGUUCAGGCAGUUGAUACGGCGGCUAGGUUCUUAAAGGAAGGAGGGAUGGAUGCUAUCAAAUUGGAAGGAGGAUCCCCUGCGAGAAUCACUGCUGCAAAAGCUAUUGUUGAAGCUGGAAUCGCCGUUAUAGGACAUGUGGGACUUACUCCUCAGGCAAUUAGUGUACUUGGGGGAUUCAGGCCACAAGGCAAAAAUAUUUCUAGUGCCAUCAAGGUCUCUUUCCUAGUCUUGUUUACAUUACCUGUGAAUAUGUGCAUAUGUUUGUUUUCUGAGCAUGUUGAUUUGGUUUGGUUUUUGCAGGUUGUAGAGACUGCAAUGGCUUUGCAGGAAGCUGGCUGCUUCUCGGUUGUUUUGGAAUGUUUGCCAGCACCUGUGGCUGCUGCGGCCACAUCUGCUCUUCAAAUUCCCACAAUUGGCAUUGGAGCUGGUCCUUUUUGCAGUGGACAGGUGCUAGUUUACCAUGAUCUACUGGGAAUGCUGCAACACCCGCAUCAUGCGAAGGUUACUCCAAAGUUUUGUAAGCACUAUGCUCGUGUAGGAGAUGUCAUUAAUAAAGCUCUUUUGGAGUACAAGGAAGCAGUAACAAAUGGUUCAUUCCCAGGUCCUUCCCACAGCCCAUACAAAAUGAAUGCUGAUGAUGUAAAUGGUUUCUUUGAGGAGUUAGAGAAAUUGGGUUUGCACCAGGCAGCAUCUGCGGCAACUGAGGCAGCUGAGAAGAUGAACACAGAGCAAUGACUAGACGCCAAGAAUUCCCAUAGUGACUAAAAUACGGCCAGACUUCUUCGGCUUUUACCUUAAUCAAAUUUAUUAAGAACCAAAUAAUGCCAUUCUUUUUGGCAAUGCAUUUUCUUUUAACAAGCUCUUCAUAGUUCAUACCGCUUGACAUUUAAUUAUCGUAGUUAAUCCUUCUUGCCCCAUUUUUUUCAUGGUUGAGAAAUGGCUUUUGUAUGAACUUAAUUGCUCUUGGAUGGAAUAAUAAUCAGAUUAUAAUUCUUAUUUGCAUUUUAAUGGAAAACCUGAUAGUGGCAUCCAUGUAGACGUUCAAUCUUCGGCCGUAUCGUGUAAACAUUACA